GAGGCCGAGUGAGCAGGAGUCGUCCGCUUGUCGUGGAGGCUGCUAGGGAGUCGGCGAGAGGGUGAGCGGGCGAGCAGACGAGCGAGCUAGAGCAGGCAGGAGGGAGCGACGCGUGGCGCACACUAGCGCCGGGGCCAGGCCGCGGAGGAACCCACAGCCGGAAAGGGGCAGCCCGAGCCGGGCGCCGCGGGGUCCCCACCCCCACUCGGCCGGACAGUGCCCGGUGUUCCCCCGUGCGGGGGGCGGCGGCGGCGGCUGACGGGACCGGACAGGACCGCGGGGGUGUUGCCACCUCCCCCGAGGAGCCGGCGCGGCCGCGGGCUCCUCAGAGCCGGGGCCCGGGGCCCGUGAUAGACGGGCCGAGGAAAGGAGAGAGGCGGCGGCGCAGGCGACGGGGAGGCAGCGGCGACACCAUGUCAUCCCCCAGUCCGGGCAAGAGGCGGAUGGACACGGACGUGGUCAAGCUCAUUGAGAGUAAGCAUGAGGUUACGAUCCUGGGAGGACUCAAUGAAUUUGUAGUGAAGUUUUAUGGACCACAAGGAACACCAUAUGAAGGCGGAGUAUGGAAAGUUAGAGUGGAUCUUCCUGAUAAAUACCCUUUCAAAUCUCCAUCUAUAGGAUUCAUGAAUAAAAUUUUCCAUCCCAACAUUGAUGAAGCGUCAGGAACUGUGUGUCUAGAUGUAAUUAAUCAAACUUGGACAGCUCUCUAUGAUCUUACCAAUAUAUUUGAGUCCUUCCUGCCCCAGUUGUUGGCCUAUCCCAACCCCAUAGAUCCUCUGAACGGUGAUGCUGCAGCGAUGUACCUCCACCGACCAGAAGAAUACAAGCAGAAAAUUAAAGAGUACAUCCAGAAAUACGCAACAGAGGAGGCACUGAAAGAGCAGGAGGAGGGCACCGGUGACAGCUCGUCGGAGAGUUCUAUGUCUGACUUUUCGGAAGAUGAGGCCCAGGAUAUGGAGUUGUAGUAGAAAAAGCACCUGCUUUUCAGAAAGACUAUUAUUUCCUAACCAUGAGAAGCAGACUAUAAUAUUCAUAUUUAAACAAAGCAAUUUUUUUUAUUACUAAACAAGGUUUUUAUGAAUAAUAGCAUUGAUAUAUAUAUAUUAUAUAUCACCCUUUAGAUCUUGAUUUCUUGGUCAUUUCUCAAUCUGAGGUGCAUAGCAUAUUCCCACAUUCCAUUUUGGUAGCAAUAUGCGGUCUGAAUGCAUGCAUUCACAAGUCCACUCGGCCAGGUCAGCCUGUGCGCUGCUCAGCUGUCAAAUAGCCACUCCGAUAGAUAGACGUGAGUAAGGAUAACAGGAAAAGAGUUGCUUCUUUUAUUGAUGGUUCCAAAGAAACAAACCAAACCAUCCAGCUCUUGGACGUGAAGAUAGAAUAGUGCUUUUUCAAAAUGGACGGGAGGAACUGGGGGAGGACCAGGCCUGCUGUGGGAGCACGAGGAGCCGGCCGCAUCAGAGCCGGAGCCGCUCCUUCCUGGGACUCCCAGGUGGCCCCGUUUCUGUGGAGUAAUAGUAGAAAACAGGGAGCUAAUUGGAGUAUUGAAGCGUAAAACAAUUUCUGACUCUGGACUUUAAGUACAUUUUUAUAUGUAGAUUCCUGCCCGACUCACUAGCAGGCCCUGCAGCCACAAGUGUUUUUGCUUUGGAGAACCUCUUGGAAGUGUUUUCUGAACCGGAUUCUUUUUCUUGGGGUAGCGCUUAUAAUCCGUAGCUUUCUGAGGGGACAGGACAGGAGAAGUAGAGUGACCGGGAAGGUGCUUUGUCUCAUGCAGCACCUGCAGAGUCGCCUCCUUGUCCUCUAGGCCACUUUGAGACCGCUGCCCUGGACUGAGAGCUUUAAAUUUGAGGGUGGUUGUGGGUGUUUUUGUUUGGGUUGGAGCUUUUUUUUUUUUUUCUUUCCCUUCCUUUCCUCCCCCCAGCUCCCC